AUGUCAACAAAAGCUGUCCAUCUCGAAUUGGUCAGCGACUUAACAACAGAGGCUUUCAUUGCUAGUUUGAAGCGACUCUUCUCUAGGAGAGAAAAAUCCCGGACAAUACAUUCCGACAACGCGACAAAUUUUGUUGGUGCAAAUCGUGAGCUUGAUGAGCUCGAUAAUCUGCUUAUUUCGACCGAGCAUAACAAAAAGGUGCAACAAUAUCUAGCGGAAGAAAAAAUUACAUGGUACUUUAUCCCUCCCAGAUCGCCACAUUUCGGUGGCAUUUGGGAAGCCGCUGUAAAAUCCUUCAAGCACCACCUCUUGAGAUCGGUUGGUGACACAUUGCUAACAUUCGAGCAGUUGGAAACUUUCAUAAUUGAAACUGAAGCUAUAUUAAAUUCCCGUCCCAUCUCGCCUCUUUCUUCCGAUCCUAACGACCUUCGUCCUUUGACCCCAGGUCAUUUCCUUAUCGGCGGUCCAUUGACAAGCUUCUCUCAGAUGGACUUUCAGGACACGACUUCCAAUCGCUUGUCAGCUUGGCAGCAUGCUCAGAAAUUGAGACAGCAUUUCUGGGCUCGAUGGCAGAAAGAAUAUCUUAAUCAAUUGAUUGUUUUCAGCAAGUGGCAGUCCACCUCCAACCACUGCAUCAAGGUUGGAACUUUGGUUCUCAUCCAAGAGGACAAUCUUCCACCAUUAAAAUGGUCAAUAGGCCGCCUCAUCGACGUCCAGCCAGGAGCAUAUGUAGUAAUCAGGGUAGUUACCCUGAGAACGAGCACCGGCGAUUACAAACGUUGCGUGAAACGAUUGUGCCCUCUUCCAAUUGAAUAG